UGUGCGCUACCAAUUUUGGGUUUUGUGGAAGCAAAGUAAAAGGAAAACCUGAGUAGAAGUGAUUGUGUGGAGGCAAAGUAGGAGGGAAGGGGACAUGUUAACCCCUGGCCACUAUGAUAGUACACUCUAGAGUUUGAGCACCUGCUUUAUAUAUUUCAUACUAUGUGACUCCCAUCUUCUUUUUUUGUAAUUGUUUUUACUUUCAUUUUAUAGCUGUAUUUUUAUUGUUCUAUCUCAAUUCCAAUAUGGUGGUGGUGGUUUAACUGCCUAUAUGUAUGGAGGAAUCAGUGGGUUUAUAUGUCGCGAAAAUAUCCCCAAGAUAACCAAUGUAGAUGUGAAAGAUCCGGUUCAAUAAAAAGCUGUCUCUGAAGACUCACAAAGAAAAGGAUGCAAACCUUCUGGAGCUGCUGUGUUAAGAUGGCUCGUAUUACCCUUGAGGAACUGAAUGAAUUGGAUGAUGAGGUUCUUGAUGAAGAAGAGGAACCAAUGGAUGGGGAGGAACAAAACAGGUUGUUUUCUCAUUGGGAAACCGUAGCCAGCACUCACCAAGUGACACUUCCUCAAGAGAUGGCAGGUCCAAUUGUGCAAAUGACUCACCAUAACCAGAUGCGAGAGCCUGUGCCCUACACUAUGUUGUCACAACAUGAGAAGUGUGAGGAGAUAGCAUAUGAGGAGAGGCUGUACCCAGCUGGGAAAUGGGCAUGCAUCACCAAAGGAGAACCCAAGUAUGAGCAGAGCAUCUCUAUGGGUUUUAUGAAACUUAUACGAUAUAUCUGCAAGGAGAACUCCUUAGGCCGUCACUUGGGGAUGACAGUGCCUGUGGUCAAUGAGAUCCAUCUGAAUAAGGAGGGCACUGAAUUACUUCAAGAAGUCAUCACUGCGUAUUACCUCCCUGGGGAAUUUCAGCUUAACCCUCCUCUCCCUGUGGACCCUGAAAUCCAAAUCCUAGAGAGAGCACCACUGCAGGCUAUCACCAGGGCGUUUUAUGGGACAACUACAGAAGAAACUAUCCUACGGGAGAUUCACCUUCUCUGGGAGUUGCUGGGCUCCACAGAUAACGUGCUGCGUGAUACCUACAUGGUGGCUGCAUAUGAGAACCCCAGAGUUCCUGAUCGUCGCAAUGAGAUCUGGUUUAUCCGGCGAGCAGACUGAAAGCACCCUGAAUCCCUGACAAGAUUGCAAUCCACCCGCAUGACUGGAUCUGGUUUAGAUGGCAGUUCUAGCCUGAAGGAGAUGAAUGCACAUCCUGACUCACUGGUCACCCUGUAGAAAUAGAUGAGCCACUCCUUUACCCCUGGGUGAAGCAAGGAGUUCUGUUCUUUCCUGUGAGCUCACAACCAAGGGGGAAGCUAGUACACACAUCUCCCAGGGAGGUUUCCAUCCCACUCCUGCAGGGGGCAGUAUGGGAUUCUGGUGAUAUUGAUGGCGCUGGAAUUGGAAAGAACAACCGGUAUUUCCUUCAGUGUCCAUGCCAGAGUUAAAUGAAGGUGCAUUGGGCAGUGUGGCUGUUGAGUGUGGCCUCCCAUUCCAAGGGUUGGGUACCAGACCUUAAAUGAAUUUGCAGAGCAAGUCCAAACAUCACUGCCUACAUCUAUGUCUGUAACUGAUAGAUGGUAAUGGCUGGAGCACAGGUCAUAAUCUGAGUUGCUUGUAGAAGGAGGGUUUCACUUCUGAUGCCACGGAGCAUCCCUUUUAGCCAUGUACAUGAGAGGCUGCAAGUCAACUUGUUCUCCAACAGCAGUGAAAAGCCAUUCCUGCAGUUUGGGAUGGAAGAGCUUCAGACUUUCCUGACUUGAGUAAUUAAAAUGCAUGAACAGGAACAAAGACGGGAAACACCCUGCAAAGGACUAUGGCCCAGAGAGAGACCUGAGAAGCAGAGAUCACAGAGACUCUUCUCUAUGGCCUGCAGGUCCUCUUGCUUUCCCAAGAAUACUCAAAGGGUAUAUUUCACCCAUUGGCAGCCUUCUGCCUGGCAGCCAGCUGGAGCUGGUGUCCACCUCCUCUUGAUCAAGCAGGCCAUAUGUGUAAGUUUUCAUUGGCAGCAUUUUUGUUGCUGUGUGUUGCGUUGUGCAUUGAUUUGUUGGUUUCACUCUCAUGAAUGCUGCUGUCCUCUCCCAAGGGAGGCUGGUAGUACAAAGCAAACCUGAAAUAAAAUCCAGCUCAAACCUCUGAAAA